AUGCCCCUCUACGAUGUCGAGCACAUAACGCCACUCGACCUCCUCCAACAGACCGGUCUCGCCCAGGCACUCACCAAUCUCCACGCCAACCGCUUCAAAACGCCCAAAUGUUUCGUCAACGUCCGAUACACCGACGCCAGUGACCAGGUCGUCUUCCGUGGCGGGAGGCGAGUCAAGUACAACCGUAUCAUCCUGCGGACUCGACAGGGUGAGACACGUACAAAGGAAAUCUACGACGAGCAUUGCCGGGACAUUAUCAGGCUGUGGGAGGGCGUCGUCGUGGGCAAGGAAGGCGGCCAAACAGGCCAACAACAACGUCUCAGAACGGUAUGGGUCAUGGGUGCAUUGACGACCGCUGUGGAAUGUGGCAUUGCCAGACCCAGUGUAGGCGAAGAAGACCAAUGGCUGGAGGACAAUAUAGACGAAUUCAAAAGGUUGGCGGCAGAAGGGGACGGGGACUUUGUUGAGCUGCUCCAAGAACUUGAUUCGAAAACCGACAAUGGACAAUCGACGACGGUAUCUAGUACUAGUACUAGUACUGCGCCGGUGGUUCAUGAAAUACAGUAG